CCCGGGCUGGGAGUCCGCGAGCCGAGAGCGGAGCUCGGAACUGACUGGGAACCUCUGUGGCGCUGCGACUUGCCAGUAUCACCCCGGGAACUCUGUGCAAGUAGAGAAAAGAAGGGUGCAAGUGCCCCACUCUUGCUCUUUCUUCCCUUCCUCCUCCUCCUCCUUCUCUCCAAUUCGCCUUUCCCACUUGGAGCGGGCAGCUGCGGAUCAGCCACCCCAGCGCCAGCCUCCAGCGACGCCAGGUGACGCGCCAGCCUCCCCAGGAGCCGCUCGCUCCGCGCCGCGCCGCGCCCGCGUCAGCGUCCGGGCAGCAGAGGGGAGAGGAGCCCGCGCCUCGAAUCCCCGAGCCGCCGCGGCUUCUCGCCUUUCCCGGCCACCCGCCCCCUGCCCCGGGCCGCGUAUGAAUCUCCUAGACCCCUUCAUGAAGAUGACCGACGAGCAGGAGAAGGGCCUGUCCGGCGCCCCCAGCCCCACCAUGUCCGAGGACUCGGCUGGCUCGCCCUGCCCAUCGGGCUCCGGCUCAGACACGGAGAACACACGACCCCAGGAGAACACGUUCCCCAAGGGCGAGCCGGACCUGAAGAAGGAGAGUGAGGAGGACAAGUUCCCCGUGUGCAUCCGCGAGGCGGUCAGCCAGGUGCUCAAGGGCUACGACUGGACGCUGGUGCCCAUGCCCGUGCGCGUCAACGGCUCCAGCAAGAACAAGCCGCACGUCAAGCGGCCCAUGAACGCCUUCAUGGUGUGGGCGCAGGCGGCGCGCAGGAAGCUGGCGGACCAGUACCCGCACCUGCACAACGCCGAGCUCAGCAAGACGCUGGGCAAGCUCUGGAGGCUUCUCAACGAGAGCGAGAAGCGGCCUUUCGUGGAGGAAGCCGAGCGGCUGCGCGUGCAGCACAAGAAAGACCACCCGGAUUACAAGUACCAGCCGCGACGGAGGAAGUCGGUGAAGAACGGGCAGGCCGAGGCGGAGGAAGCCACGGAGCAGACGCACAUCUCCCCCAACGCCAUCUUCAAGGCGCUGCAGGCCGACUCCCCGCACUCCUCGUCUGGCAUGAGCGAGGUGCACUCCCCCGGCGAGCACUCCGGACAAUCCCAGGGCCCACCGACCCCACCCACUACUCCCAAAACCGACGUACAGCCAGGCAAAGCUGACCUGAAGCGAGAGGGGCGCCCCCUGCCCGAGGGGGGCAGACAGCCCCCCAUCGACUUCCGCGAUGUGGACAUCGGCGAGCUGAGCAGCGAUGUCAUCUCAAACAUCGAGACCUUCGAUGUGAAUGAAUUUGAUCAGUAUCUGCCUCCCAACGGCCACCCGGCGGUGCCGGCCACGCACGGCCAGGUCGCCUACACGGGCAGCUACGGCAUCAGCAGUACCGCAGCGACACCAGCAGGCGCGGGCCACGUGUGGAUGUCCAAGCAGCAGGCGGCGCCGGCCCCGCAGCAGCCCCCGCAGGCCCCGGCGGCCCCGCAGGCCCCCUCCCAGCAGCAGCAGGCGCCCCCGCAGCCGCAGGCCGCGCCCCCGCAACCCCAGCAGGCGCACACGCUGACCACGCUGAGCAGCGAGCCCGGGCAGUCCCAGCGAACGCACAUCAAGACGGAGCAGCUGAGCCCCAGCCACUACAGUGAGCAGCAGCAGCACUCGCCGCAGCAGCAGAUCGCCUACAGCCCCUUCAACCUCCCGCACUACAGCCCCUCCUACCCGCCCAUCACACGCUCGCAGUACGACUACACCGACCACCAGGGCACCGGCUCCUUCUACAGCCACGCCGCCGGCCAGGGCUCGGGGCUCUACUCCACCUUCACCUACAUGAACCCUGCGCAGCGCCCCAUGUACACCCCCAUCGCCGACACCUCCGGGGUCCCUUCCAUCCCGCAGACCCACAGCCCGCAGCAGUGGGAGCAGCCCGUCUACACACAGCUCACCAGACCUUGAGGAGCCACUGAACACAGGGCAGUGAUGGCCUGGGAAGGUCCUAAAAAGAACCGAAGAGAGAAAGAACCAGAAUUUCCUUUGGACGUUUUUUGUUUGUUUGUUUUGUUUUGUUUUGCUUUGUCCUGUUUCUUAAAGCUAAAGGCGACUCGUACUGAGAUUCAAAACAGAAACAUUGUCUAUCCAAACGCAUGACCAACCUGUUGCGUAUGAAUCAGUGGCCAGGCCACUCCUGGCUAGGUGGCCAGCGGCACCGGAAGCGAACUGGACUUCGACUUCGUCAGAGCAAGUGUGGAGGAUGUGGAGAAUCACGACCGAUUUGCUCAAUCUCCCUGCCUGUCUGGACUUUGUAAUUAUUUUUUAGCAGUAAUUAAAGAAAAAAAAAGUCCUCUGUGAGGAAUAUUCUCUAUUUUAAAUAUUUUUAGUAUGUACUGUGUAUGAUUCAUUACCAUUUGAGGGGAUUUAUACAUAUUUUUAGAUUAAAAAACUAAAUGCUCUUAUUUUUCCAACAGCUAAACUACUCUUAGUUGAACAGUGUGCCCUAGCUUUUCUUGCAGAGUAUUUUUGUACAGAUUUGCUUUCUCUUACAAAAAAAAUGAAAAAAAGCAAAGUAUGUGAUUUUAUUAACAUAAAAAAAGACAGAAAUGUGUUCUGUGAUUAGUUUGGGGGGUAAGCUUUGCUUAAUUCCUCAGCGCUUCAGACCUUUGAGGAGGAGCUGCCUUAAUAUGAAAAGCCUUAUUUUGCAAAUAUGGGAGUAAACAGAUAGUCUAGAGACACAUUUGGUAAGCUUUAUCCAUAUAUGUAGAGAUAUAUAUUUUAAACAAGAAGAACACACCUUGAGCCUUAAAAAACCGUGCUGCUGGAAAAAUACUUGUGCUUUUUUUUUUUUUUUUUUCAUGCAAGGCCUCCUGCCUUUGCUUAUUGGUUUCAGUCUUAAGGAAGAAGCAAAAGGCAGCAAAGGAGACUGAAAUCUGAUUGGGGAAUGUUUCAGCAGCCACCAAGCAAGUGCCCCAGAGUACUGUCCCCCUGGUUGCCUGCCCAGGCCCCAUGUGGACUGCAGAUGCUGAAGUCUCUGUGCUCACAGUGCCACCUGUGUCUCUCUGAACACCAGCAGUUAACUUUCCAGACAUUCCACGUGGUACAAAAGAUUAUUUAUUUUGUAAGGAGAAGUUUUAAUUGAAAAAGAAAUCUUCCUCCUUUUUUCUUUUUUUCUUUUUUUAAUUUACCUUCUUUAAAAUAGGUUGUUGGAACCUUCCUCAGAGGGUAUGAUCAUCUGUUGUUAAAUUAUGUUCUUAACUGUAACCAGUUUUUUUAUUUAUCUCUUUAAUCUUUUUUAUUAUGAAAAGCAAGUUUCUUUGAAUUCUUCAUGUUAGAUUUGUACAAAUUUCUUUUUGUCUGUCUUUUUUUUCUUUGUUGUUUUUGUUGAAAACAAACUGGAAACUUGUUUCUCUCUCUCUCUCUCUGUCUCUCUCUCUCUGUCUCUCUCUCUCUCUCUCUCUCUCUCUCUCUCUCUCUCUCUCUGUACAAAUGAGAGAUUUGCAAAUGUAGUAUAUCACUGAGUCAUUUGCAGUGUUUUCUGCCACAGACUUUUGGGCUGCCCAAAUUCGUGUGUGUGUGUGUGUGUGUGUGUGUGUGUGUGUGUGUACGUAUGUGCUGUGACACAAGACAAUGUGAGUAGGUGUCAUAGGUAACCCUCCGUAUGUUCUCAGAGGGCAGGGACACACCAGGACGGAACAGGCCCACUGACAGACCUUAAUCCUUCUUUACUGCUGUGGCUGGAGAGUUUGAGGAUUGCUUUUUAAAAAAGACAGCAGACUUUUUUUAAUUUAAAGAAAGAUAUAUUAACAGUUUUAGAAGUUGGUAGAAUAAAAUCUUAAAGCACUCUUAUGGCAUCUUUCAAUUUCUGUAUAAAAGCGGAUCUUUUAAAAAAAAGUAUUUCUGUAACUUAAGAAACCUGGCAUUUAAAUCAUAUUUUCUUUUUAGGUAAGGUUUGGUUUGUGUUUGUGUUUUGUUUGUUUUGCUUGUUUUCCCUCCAAACCUUUGUUCUCUCUGUGAACUUACCUUUCUUUUCUUUCUUUUUUUGUAUAUUAUUGUUUACAAUAAAUAUACAUUGCAUUAAAAAGAAAA